UAUAGACAAUGGAUACUUCAGAUAUAAGAAGGCCACGGCUACCUGAUCAGCUUCAGUUAACCCGCUGACGAAGCAGUGUCAGCAAUGAGGUUUCAAGAAGCAUUCGCCCUUCUUGCUACAGCCUUCGCUUGCCUCGCUGCGUCCUCAACAGGUCAAGGAGACGAAGGGAAAUGUGCCCGAGCAUUUCCGCUACCACCGUGGAGGUCGUCCUACAGGACGAAGUGCACAUACCUAUGCCAAGACUGGCCAUUCCGGUUUGAAAAUGAGCCCGAUGGAAUUCCUUGUGGGGCCUUGGCAGCCUUUAUUAAAACACAUGUCUGCCGUGACGGAAAAUGCGUGAAGGCUGAAAACGUUCAAACCACUGCUGCUGAUGAAGAAUACUUCAGCACUAGCCCUUCCACCAGCACUGAGGCACCCCAAGAAACCGAGGCACCCCAAGAAACCGAGGCGCCCCGAGAAACCGAGGCGCCGUACAUCACUGAGAAAGUUACCGUUAAUCUGAGAGACACUACCACCAAUGAGCCCACUGAAGAUCUGCGGUUCGCAGAGUGGUCUCCGGCUGAAAGCGGCGAUCUUGAGUAGGAUUAUCGACAGCUACAUAGGCGCCACAACGCUGGAUAUCACUUAAUGUUAUGUAAAGUUCCGGUCAAGAAA